AUGCAAUCGAACAAAGACUCUGCCGAUAUAAUUGACCAGAAAUAUAAUUCUACUAGAUUAUCGUCGGCCGCUUCAAGUCAUACACUAUAUCGUACGCGUUGUGAAGUGUGCUGUGAUCACAGCUCGGGCAAACACUAUGGCAUUUACGCUUGCGACGGAUGUGCGAAUUUUUUUAAACGCUCCAUACGCAAAUCUCAACAAUAUGUGUGUAAAUCGCCGAAGCCGGGACUAUGUGUUGUGGAUAGAACUCAUCGUAAUAAAUGCCGAGCUUGUCGCCUGCGUAAAUGUUUCAAAGUUGGCAUGAAUAAGGAUGCAGUUCAACAUGAACGAGGGCCGCGCAAUUCAAUAGUGUUUCGCCAUAUGAUUGCCUAUAAGACUGCUUUGCUCGGAUCAGCAGCAAUAUCAGCUGACGUCUCUAUGAACACUGCUGCUUCACUUCGUUUUCCAGAUAUGGCGAUUCUUUGCCCCCAGUUACAGCGAAAGAAUUCCAGCUUGACUAGUGCCUUCGAAAAUCCGUCAAUUUUAGGCCUGCUCAGGUCCCGACCCCUUUAUUUCUCGUUACAUCAACGACUUCUUCCAUUUUUUGGCCAGAAGACGGGGUACGUAAAUGCAUUGGCAGCUUCGCCACCCAUUCCUCCUUUGAUGGGUGCUGAACGCAUAAAAGAAGCGGCCGCCGAACAUUUACUAAAAAAUGUUAAUUGGAUUAAAAAUCUGCCUCCCUUCGCCGAAUUUCCGAUGGCCUAUCGGCUGAAACUUCUCGCGGAAUCGUGGAAGGAGUUCUUGAUCCUAGCUAUGGCCCAAUACUUGAUGCCUUUAAAUUUUACACAACUCCUGUUUAUCUACGAAUCAGAAAACAACAACCGCGAAAUUGUGGCCUUAGUGAGCCGUGAAGUUCACGCACUUCAAGAUGUUCUCAAUCGAUUAUGCCAUCUUAGUAUCGACGCUACUGAGUAUGAUCACAUCAGAGCCAUAACCCUAUUUCGUAAAUCUGCGCCGCCGGCAAAUGAAGGUUGUGCCAACACUUCACUCGGUUUUAAUGACGAUAAUUCGACCUUCAGCAGUUCUGCCGUAUGUCGCAGCGUUCUUGGAACCAUCAUAUGUAAUGAGAACUUCAAUGCCUUAAUCAACUAUAUUGCGCGUAAGCAUCCAAGCCAACCAACACGCUUUCAAGCGAUUAUGACUGCUCUUUCCUUGAUGGGCAAAGUGACGCCUUUUGCAAUUGAGGAGCUAUUCUUUCGGAAGACUAUCGGCGAAAUUAGUGUCGCACGUCUCAUUACAGAUAUGUACAGCCGACGCAACACUUAA